CUCACACUCGCCGAUAUCAUUAAGGGAAAAUAUGUGGCAGAGAGUUAAAUGAUGCGGUUUGGUGGAGCCGUCGUAGGACGCGGAGACUCCUGACUGUUCAGCCUUUGCUCGGCGUGCGAUCAUCUUCAGUACAUCCACUUUGUCACCUGCUGGCGGAGUCUGUGUAACCUGAAGACAAUAACACACAGGACCCAAGACCAUCUCCUCUGAAAUAUGAGCCAUUUCUAGGAACAACACACCUCAUAGCGUCGUUUACUCACCUUGAGCCAAUGAGACGUAUUGAGACAUUUAGUGCUAUGGUCAUCUUUGUUGCUUUAUUUCUCAUCUUUUUCUACUCGACUCUACACCUAGAGACGACCUUCAGCUACAGGGUCGGACCGGAGGAGCUCCUGAGGCAUUCCAGCCUCCGGGUCCACAAAAGUGAUGUGAAAAAACAAACCCCCAAGCAGGAGAUUGUCACCACGCCACACGCUUCGCAUCACCCCGAUCUCCAUAAUGUGUCUAUAUCCGAUGACCUGAGGCAGACCAUCUCCCAGAACACGGCGUACUGGAACCGGCUGCUGUACUCGUCCCUCAGGAAACUGGACAAAGGAGAAAAUCCUUACAGACUUGUGUCCGAUUGGUCCCGUUGCAGGGAGACAAAUCAAGAGCUUCUACUAACCAAUGUGCAUGACUUCACCUCCUACCCAGCCAUAUUCCAAGACUUUCUCCAGGGCAUGAACUGCAUGUCCCCUCCGGUCCUGAUCAAUCAACCCAACAAGUGCAUCUCCAGUCAAGGCGAGGGAGAUAACCAGACCUUCCUGCUUUUUGCCAUCAAGUCAAGUCCCGGAAACUUCGAGCGCAGACAGGUGGUGCGAGAAACCUGGGGGCGAGAUGGGGUUCAUCAGGGCGGGCUGAGAGUACACACAGUGUUUCUCAUGGGCAGCUCUUCGGUGGAUGACCCUGACAUCAGCGCGCUGCUCUCAUUUGAAGCUGAACUUUUCAGGGACCUCCUGCAGUGGGACUUCCAUGACUCUCUUCUGAACCUGACGCUCAAGAUGAACAUGUUCCUCCAGUGGGUGCUGAAAUACUGUCCUCACGUCACCUUCGUCUUCAGUGGGGAUGAUGAUGUAUUCGUCAACACACCGGCGAUAAUGAACUACCUGCAGUCUCUGACACCCCCAAAGGCCUCUAAGUUAUAUGUUGGACAUGUCAUAAGCACAGCGAAUCCUCUGAGGGACCCUAAAAGCAAAUAUUACAUCCCUCUGAGCUUCUAUGACGGCCCAUAUCCCCCAUAUGCCGGUGGAGGCGGGUUUCUUAUCUCUGGCGCGUUGCUGCAACCCCUAUACUCAGUUACAUGUGUCAUACCUUUCUUCCCCAUCGACGACGUCUACACCGGGAUGUGCUUUAAGGCUGUGGGAGUUUCUCCCGAGAUGCAUGCGGGCUUUCAGACGUUUGACGUGAAGGAGCAGGAUCGUGAGAAUCUGUGCAUACACAAAGAUCUUAUUCUGAUCCACCAGCGCUCCCCACAGCAGAUAAAGAAGCUCUGGAAGGGCAUUCACAGCCCCUUGUUGACUUGUUGAGCAGGACUGGUGCGUAGAGUACACUGACUGCAGCGACAUAUUGAAGCUGUGGCUGUUCACUUUAACUUUCUGUGUCCUGUUUUAAGAUGAUGCAUGGACUGGAGCAACUUUAAAAAGGUCCAGUGUGUGGGAUUUAGUGCAGCCUAGUGGUGAAAUUGCAGAUUGCAACCAAAUGAAUACUCUCCUUCAAAGCAUGUAAGAAAAACUCUGGCUCUCUCACUGUGGAUUAAGACAACAAAAACACAAUGAUUCUUAUUUUCAGGUGAUUCCACACUAACAGAAACAUACUAUGAAUAUUAUAUUCCAACUUCUGCCAAUAUCCUUCUAAAUCUCACACUAUGUCAUC